GCAGGAAUGCCUGGAAGGAAAACGCGUGGAUCCAAGUCCACCCACCAUGGAGGCCUACACCACGUCCCUAGAUGCAUCUUCCUCGCCAGCAGAUUUUGAGGUUCUCCUGAUGCUCAUCGCCUUGCUCUUCGUGCGGCCAGUCCCAAGUUCUGGCAGCGCCGGCAGGUUGAGCUUGGUGAAGCUGGGCCUUUUAGCGUGGCGUUUGGCCGAAGAUCGCGAUCCCCAGAGUCAAUUCCAGCGGCGAGUGCAAAGUGCGGUGACCGGCAACCAUCCGUACACGUGGCUACCGAGUCUGUGGAGGAUUUUGCGGUUGAACUUCAAAACGGCUGCGCAGAUCUUCAAUCAGCGCGCCAGCCAGCCGCGGGAGUGGACUUUCGUGGUGGCUGGGAAGUUGCCCAAGAAGGAGAAGCUAAUGACACUGCUGGAGAGCUAUUUAGGCUCCAUACCCAAUCAGGGCGGUGAAAAUGAACGAGUCAACGACUUGACGAUGCGUGAAGCUGUGACCCCUUUGGACGUUCAUUUUCCGCAAAAAAACCUCUGGGAAGAUGUGCAUCUUCGAAUGGUAGAACCAAAGGGAAGCACGGUGCUGAGUUUUCCAUUGCAGUUGUCCUCCAGCAGUUCAGUUUCCUCGCUGGAGAAAUGCGCUGAAGAGCUGAGGGAGAUCAUGCAGCUGCAGCUGCUCGUCCGAUUGUUGGAGACUCGCCUGGUGGAAGUCUUGCGCUUUCAACGGGGCCAGGUGUAUUCCGUGGCGGUGGGAACUGACAUGGGCCUGUCGCCGCCGAAGAUGGGCAUGGCGCGGAAGGGUAGUCUUAGUGUCCGAUUCGAAUGCGACCCAGCAGAAUCAGAUGAAUUGGUAGCUGCGACGCGUGAAGAGCUGCAGCGUCUGCGGGACGGUCGCGCCGCCUUCACCAAGGAGAAUGUCUCGGCGGCGGUGGAGCAGGACCGCCGAGAGUUUGAGGAAUUGAUCCACACCAACAGUUGGUGGGCCGGAACGACUUUGGACCUGUACUUUUCGCGCUGCUUCGUUGCUCAACCUGAUGUGGGAAGCAUCAUGUCUUUGUGGUGGACGGCGCGGAAGGAGACCCUUGGGAGCUUCAACGAAGACCUGGCCCAACAGCUGCUGAUUGCCAUCCUCCCAGCCACAGGGCACUCGGUUGUGGUGGCCAUGCGGCCCAAGGGGGGCAAGGUUCAGGUGCAAAGCUCCUGAACCGAAACACAAAGUGGGGACCCAAAA